AAAAAAGGCCGGGGGACUUCCGAGCCUUCUGAGAAGGCCCGCCCCUUCUCAUUUCCCCCGCUCGCCGCCGACCUCCCUACUCCUCUCUCCUCCUCCUUCGUCCGCUGUUCCGCGCUGAGUUGCAAGCAGCGCUGGACGGCAAUUCAGCAGCGACUGGUGACGAUCUGGGGAAAACGCCAAUGGAAACAUUUUCGGCCCCACAACUGAAAGGGUCCUUGCCGAAGAUGUUCGAGGGCGAGGUCUCCCUGGAGCAGCGGGACGGCGUGGCCCUCAUCACUCUCGCCGGCCUGGAGGGCAGGUUUCCUUGGGGCACCAGCCGGGCGGAGCACCGGUGGAACCCCAGGACGGUUUCCGCGCUCGGGGCGGCGCUGGACGAGGUGGAGAGGGGCGACGCGGAGGCCGUCGUCGUGGCGAACGCGGGGAAGUAUUGGUCGAACGGCAUGGACCUGAAGUACCUGGACGCGCAGGGCGGCUCCCCCGAGGCCGCUGCCCUCGGGCUGCGCGUCAACCAGCUGCUGGCCAGGGUGACCACCUUCCCGCUGCCCACGGUCGCGGCGCUGGGCGGGCACUGGUGCGCUGCCGGCGGCAUGAUGGGGCUCGCGUUCGACUACCGGGUAAUGGCGAGCGAUCGCGGCUUCUUCUUUGUCCCUGGCGUGGACCUCGGCCUGGUCUACGCGCCCGUGCAGGUCGCACUGAUGAGGGCAAAGCUGCCGCAGGAUAUGCAUCGUGAGGUGAUCGUUUUCAACAGCAGGAGGUGGACUGGAGAUGAGCUCGCCGCCAGAGGCGUUGUGGAGUCCUCCGUGCCCGCAGCGGAGGUGACCGCGAGGGCACUCGAGCUCGCGGCGAGCCUGAGGCCCAAGGGGCGCGGCGCCGCCCGGAGGGUCCUGGGCUCCAUCAAGGCGGCCGUAUACAAGGAGGUCUUGGACGAGCUGGCCACUGGCGAGGACAUGAACUACGGCGGGCGGACCCGCGGCGUGGAUCGCGCGGCGCCACCGGCGGUCCAGGCGUCGAAGCUCUGA